CCUCUCUCUCCAGUUGCUCCAAGGGUCUGGCACACAGGAGAGGAGAAGGAUCAGGCAGGGAAGACAGCUUGAAUUAUUGACGAGAGCAAUGGCGCUGCCGGCCGUGAGGAGCGAGGCGCGGGUGGGAAUGCUGCUGCUGUCGGUGCUCAGCCUGCUCAGCGCCAGGCUCGUGGGCGCUGGCCAGGACUCCGGGAGUGCCAUCCCUGCAGAAAGCCGUCCCUGCGUUGACUGCCACGCGUUCGAGUUCAUGCAGAGGGCCUUGCAGGACCUGAAGCAGACGGCGUUCGGCCUGGACGCGCGGACAGAAACCCUCCUCCUGAGAGCAGAAAAGAGAGGCCUGUGUGAUUGCUUUCAUGCAAUACACUGAAAUGAGCACUGGGAUUUGGCCAAUGGACAUAUAUUCAUUUUUAAAAUGCUGUUCAGUAAAUUACAGGAAGAUACAGAGUGCAAGUUGUGCCCCACCAUAAGGAAAAGCAUUUUUAUCAAAACAGGUACAGCUCAGAUUAUUUUUGCUUUGUUGUGGUUUGUCAUAAGUCUAUGUGAUAUUGCAUCUGCUGAAAUGUCAAGAGAAGAAACAGUGCCAAAGUCUUGCUUAUGGAUUUUAUGCAAGGACAGAAUCCUGCUUUUUUGGUAUUUCAAGCCAAAAAUUGACCUUGGACUACCAGGCCAACCUCUUGGUUUAUGUGAAUUGCCAUAGAGCUGUGAAAGUCAGUGUAGUCAAAUUUUUUAAUGUAUUUAUAGAAGAAUAACAUGAAAAGGAAACUACUUUGCCAUGAUGCAUAGAUAAACAUUUACAAACAAGCAGACUUGGCAUUAUCUAGAAAUUAAUAGUUAUCAAUGACUACUUGGCAGUCCAAGGAAGAGAUUUGUUCCCCAGUUGUAUCAAUAGUCCAGUGCACAGCAAACACAGUAAUCUGUCUGACAAUUUUGAUUUCUUCAGAGCCACACAGUAGCUGUGAUCUUUUUGGAGAGAUUUAUUAAGUAUCUAAUGUGAUCAG